AUGCGGAAGGAAAGAAUGGAAAAUCUAACAACUACUGGAAAGAUUGCAGAGAAAAGAGAUCGCGAUCAACAACGAAUCACAUUCGUGAAAUCGGAUUUUGUGGAGGUCGAUGCUCGCCAAUUUCCUGAAAGGAUAAGGCACGAGAAAGAAAAAGAUUACUACACGAAAUGGAAAGCUGGCGAUGAUCGAUCAGGCAACUGUGUUGUCAUGGAUACCAGCACAUCUAAAUGGGAAAGUGUUGAUUGUAGAGCUACAGUAUACCCAUUCAUGUGUGCCAUUUAUGCAAGUGCAAGUACAGGAAAUCAAUCCAAGCUAAACGACAGUAGUCAGUUUGAUGGAGCUUCUGUAACAUUUGCCCCAGACGACAACGCCAGCGUAAACAAAGUGAUGCUCUACGUUCUCCUCCCUAUUUUUCUCAUGUGCUACGUCAGCUCAUGCAUUGCUUAUUGCGUAUACAAACUUUGGCUAAACUGUGCAAGAAAACCACUGCUGGAAAAAAUAGAAGCUUUAAAGUACGAAAAUGAAUACAGUGACAAAGAUCCGAUUAUCGAAGCACCCGCCAGCAAUAUCGCAGGCAUCCAUAAAAACGCCAAUAUGGAAGCAAUGAUAGCCAAAACAAAAAUGCUUUCUGAUCCUCCGUUGAGAAGUAGGAUCGCUGAAAAUAACAAAAAUCAACCAGUAGCUGCAAAUAGUCAGGUAACAACGAGUGGCUCCACAAAUCCGAGUAGCUCAGCUUCCGGAAAUGGUUCGAUGACUGCAAGCAGCGACGAGGCAGGAAUGAAAACAUCCAUUAACGAAAUAUUGAUGAAUAAAUUGAAAGCAAGAGCUAAGGCCCAAGAAAAGAACAAAAACGUUUUUUAA